AUGGAUAAAAGUGGCGAAUUGCUAUUGAGAAGAUGCCCAGUCGAACGUCUAGUUGAUGAAUUGCAAGAAGGCAAGCUUUUGAGACUCUGCGAUGAGGAAAACGGGUUUCGGAAGGUUCUCAUGGAAGAAGUAAAACCGGUUAAUAAUAACUAUUGUAAGAAAGUGCUACGCGAGAUCGUUGACAGAUUAGAUCGUACUGCUGGUCAAUUACCAGAGGAUGUCUAUGAAAGUUGGGAAUGGGCUUAUGAAGUUUAUUUUGAUAUGUUGAAUGAUGUGCAAGAUGAGCUAGCUAUGGAUGAAGCUGAUAACGAUGUGAUUAUGUACAAGUUCAGUGAGCAAUACAAGGUUAAUAUUGCUGAGACACCACGUACUAUUGCUAAUGGCAGUACAGGAAAUAGGACAUGGGAGGCGGCAGUGUAUUUGGGUCUGUACCUGAUAGAUCAGUGUGCCUCAAAUGUGGUAGCUGCACCGAGUCGAAUUUUGGAACUUGGAUCAGGUACAGGGUUAGUCAGUCUACUUUACCAGCAAUUAUACCCAUUUGACAAGCUCACUAUGACAGAUGGUGAUUGGGAUGUGGUACGCAAAAGAAUACCAGGCAACUUAUCCUUAAACGAUUUGAAGCCUGGUCUGGAGGUUAAGCAAUUGGUUUGGGGCCCUCGGGACGCUAACAGUGGCGACAACCAAUGGGACUAUGACUUAAUUCUCGGCAGCGAUCUUACAUAUGACGACCGCAUCCUCGAACCCCUGUGUCAAGCUUUGCAAUGGCUAUUAAAGACGGAUGGCAGUAACGAAGCGCUGUUGGGCGCAACUGUCCGUAACGAGGCCACUACUGCGUUAUUCGAAAAGUACAUGAGAGAGUACAAACUGCAGUAUGAAGUAAUCACAGAAACCACGGACGAGGACUUCGAAAGGCUGGAAGAAAUAACCUUCACUAGGCCUAUUGCUCCAAUCCGCAUCUACAGGAUUAACAAUGCAAAGAUAUAA